UCCUUUUGGUUAUGAUUAUUAGUUACUCAUCAAGCUUUCAGCUCCCCUUCUCUCUCUUUCAGAGUCCGGGAAAUGGAAGAUGAUGGGUAAAGGUAGGGACUCAUGGACUUAGUUGGAACCGACCUCGCUGCCUUAGUUUUCUUGAGAACCUUUUUGAUGCUAUGGUUCUUCAGCAUUGUAAUCGUAGCGAAGGAUGAGGAGGGAGGGAGGCAAAAUCAAGAAAAUGGAUGCCUACGACCGCGUUAGAAUCUCCGCCGCCACCCCCGCUUCCCCUUGGUGGCCAUCUCGCACCAAAAGGAAAAGACCUGGAACCGAGAAGGACAACACAUUAAAAAAUCCGCAUUGGUUCUCCCCCCCGCCGGCCCAAAUCCAUGCCCUUCUUGGACGCCCUCCACCAUGAUCACUUCCUCCAGAACCACUUCCGGCCUUUUACCCGAGCCUCCCGCCACCACCCAUGGCCACCCCACUCCCAGACUUAUCCAAGGGCCCAAAGGCACGUAUGGAUACGUGGAAGCACACACUGCUGCUAUCAUUUCAAAGCCUUGGUGUAAUUUAUGGUCAUCUAAGCAUUGGCCCCCUGUAUGUGUUCAAUACCGUUGCUCAAAAUGGUGUAGUAUCUGAGGAGGACUUAUAUGGACUCAUGUCCUUCAUAUUUUGGACUAUGACUAUAAUACCUUUGAUUAAAUAUGUUCUCAUAGUUUUAAGGGCUGAUGACAAUGGAGAAGGUGGGACGUUUGCUCUGUACUCACUCUUGUGUAGGCAUGCCAAAGUCGGUCUGCUUCCUAAUAAUAAGGGUGAUGAUGAUGAACUUCUUGCUUACGAGAUGGGAAGCUUUUACAAGAAUAGUCUUGGAUUCAAGGCUAAAAGGGCCAUCGAAAAUAAUAAGAGCAGUCACUAUCUGAUGCUGCUCAUGGCCUUGCUUGGUUCUUGCAUGAUCAUUGGCAAUGGAGUUGUAGUUCCAGCUAUCUCUGUGUUAUCAGCUUCAAUAAGUCUGGAGAGAACUUUGGAGCCAAUUUCUUUCAAACAUAUGUCAGUCAGCAUUGCAUGUACCAUUUUGAUAGGCCUCUUCGUGUUGCAACAUUAUGGGACACAUAAAAUCAGUUUUUUGUUUGCACCAGUAAUAACUGUGUGGCUUCUCUUCAUCAGUGGAGUUGGUGUAUAUAACAUCUUUCACUGGAACACUUACAUAAUACGUGCUCUUUCACCUGAAUACAUGUACAAGUUUAUAAAAAGCAAAGAUAUCAAAGGCUGGAGGUCAUUAGGUGGUGUCCUUUUAUGUAUAGCAGGGUCUGAGGCAAUGUUUGCCGAUCUGGGUCAUUUCUCUAAAAGGUCAAUCCAGAUUGCUUUUGGGGUUCUGGUAUAUCCUUCCCUUAUAUUCUGUUACAUGGGUCAGACUGCAUUCAUAUCUAAGAAUUGGAAUCCUACUAGAGAAGCAUAUGUUACUCACCUUGGAGCAUCUGCACCUGGAAAACUUCAUCCCUUUUUUGCAUGCCUAUCUCUGGUAGCUUCUGUUGUAGGAAGCCAAGCAACUAUUACGGCUACCUUUUCAAUUAUAAAUCAGUGCCAGGCUUUUGGUUGUUUUCCCAGAGUGAAAGUCGUUCACACCUCUGAUAAGAUACAUGGGCAGGUGUACAUUCCAGAUAUCAACUGGAUCUUAAUGGUCCUUUGCCUUAUUUUAACUAUAGCCACCACAAAUGUUGCACCUAUUGGCAAUGCUACUGGCCUUGCUAUAAUUACAAGUAUGCUGAUAACAACCUGCUUCAUGUCGCUGAUCAUUGCUCUUUAUUGGAAUAGGCCAUGGCUGUCAGCAAUAUUUCUGCUAUUUUUUGGGUCUAUUGAGGUCACAUACUUCUGGGCUUGUGGUCGAAAUUUUCAUAUGAGAGAGUGCUUACUCUUCUUCCCUAUACUUAUAAUCUUGUUAAUUAUGCUGGCAUGGCACUAUGGCACCAUGAAGAAGUAUGAAUUUGAUUUGCACAACAAAGUUUCUAUUGAAUGGCUGGCAAAUCUAGGCCCAAGCCUUGGAGUUGUCCGAGUUCCUGGCAUUGGGUUUGUCUAUACUGAUAUCAUGUCCGGAAUUCCAGCUUUCUUCUCCCACUUUGUUACCCAUCUUCCGGCUUUUCAUCAAGUUCUUAUCUUUGUAUCCUUUAAAUCAGUUCCAGUGCCAUAUGUUCCACCAAGCAUGCAGUAUAUUAUUGGAAGGCUGGGGCCAAAGGAAUACAGGCUCUACAGGUGCAUUGUAAGGUAUGGGUAUCGUGAUAGGAUGAGAGACAUGGAUGACAUUGAGGAUGAAAUUAUUAGCGGGAUUGGUGAGUUCAUCUCAAUGGACCAUGGAAAUUCUGAGACCUUGUCUUCACCAGAGGAUAAAUGGAUAGUUACUGGAAGCUUGAAACAUGAGGGUAAUGCCUUUAUUACUCUGGGUGCCACAGAUUCAACCACCUGCUCAUCAAAUUCAGUGGAUAUAGAAUGUCCUACAAUAAAGAUUGAGCAGUUGCAGAUUGGGCAGCCUACAGUAAGUAGAAAGAAGGUGCGGUUCAUUUUGCCUCCAGAAAGUCCUCAAAUGAUUUCAUCAGCAAGGGAGGAGCUGCAAGAGCUGUUGGAUGCAAGGGAGCAUGGUAUGACAUAUAUACUAGGUCAUUCACAUCUCUCUGCUUACAAAGGGUCCAAUUUUCUGAGAAGGCUUGUGACCAAGGUCUACAUUUUCCUUGUCAACAAUUGCAAAGAGCACGAAGUGGUAACAAACAUCCCUAGCGCUGCUUAUGUAGAGGUUGGCAUGACAUACGUAAUAUAAGCAAUUCUAAUAUGACUUUUUUGUAUCUGGAAAUCUUUGACAUUAAU